AUCAGGAUGCAUAACAGUGUUGCGCCUUCCCAGCAGGGCUCAGCUGGUGGGGGUGGUUUUAAAAGCGUUUGUAGGAUCAUUUCGAGAUAACUUUGACCUUUUAAUAUUUACUUUAGUUUGUGACUUUCUAAGUUUUAGCGUCGGAGUGUUGCUUUAAGAGCGUGUUGGCAAUGGCGCUAAAACACCUUCGGGCUCUGGGCCAAAUGUCCGCAGCUAAAUAUCAAGGCAGAAUAUUCAGUCAACGUUGGAGCACGACUUUGAAAACAAUGAAACCGUACAGCGCUGCAACAGGAGGCGAAGACGCAGAAACAGCUGCAGGUCAGACUGUGGUCUCAGAGCGAAGGGGAUCUGUGGUUACCGUGGCAAUAAACCGACCGGAGGUGCGUAACGCGGUGAACCAGGAGACAGCGAGGCGUCUGCUGGAGGAGUUGCAGGCCUUUGACAGCGACCCAGACUUGAACGUGGCUGUUCUGCACGGGAAAGGAGGGAAUUUCUGCGCUGGUUAUGAUCUGAAAAUGCUGGCCAAUCAAAAAGCCCCCCUUAAAUUGGAGCAAGAUGUCACUAAGGGUCCUGGCCCAAUGGGCCCGUCCCGUCUGCAGCUGUCGAAGCCACUGAUAGCAGCUGUGAGUGGCUUUGCUGUGGCUGGAGGGUUGGAGCUGGCUCUGCUGGCUGACCUGAGGGUCGUGGAGGAGAGUGCCGUCAUGGGAAUCUUCUGCCGCAGAUUCGGAGUCCCCCUGAUUGACGGAGGGACGGUGCGGCUUCCUCGCCUCAUUGGUUUAUCAAGAGCGCUUGACCUGAUCCUGACUGGACGACCAGUCGGAGCUCAAGAGGCUCUGGCCUAUGGACUGGCCAAUAGGGUUGUACCUGAUGGUCAAGCUUUGCAGACGGCCGUUCAACUAGCAGAGCAGAUCAGCUCCUUCCCCCAGCAGUGCCUGCGGACAGACCGCUCCUCAGCCAUGUAUAGCUGCUAUGACGCUCAGUCCUUCACACAGGCCAUGCAGCAUGAAUUUGACCAUGGAGUUCAGGUCAUCCAGGCUGAAGCUAUCCCCGGAGCGAUCCAGUUUACUUCAGGAGUUGGAAGAGGUGGAAGAUUCCCUUAGGAUUUAGCUUGUAGGAGCCUAAUGAACUGUGACCUUAGAUGAUCUCAGAUCUAUUGUUGCCUUAAACUUGUGUUGUUGCUGUUGGUUGCAUGUCUGAGUAAUUAUUUCUUUACAACAUGCAAAAACAGAGGAUAUGAAAAAGACGAUGAAGUUGUUUUGUGUCAAUGCAUUGUGCUUUUUGUUUUUAGAGGAAAUUAGAGCUUGAUUAAUUCAAUACAUUUUUUUUUCUUUAUUAAAAUGAAAAACAGCCUUGUACUUCAGCUUUUUUUUAAUUUGAUAAUAAUAAAUCGCUUUGCAGAAA